AUGCUAAAGUUCUUGUUGCUUGUUGUUACGAGAAAUGGAUUUUUAGGUUGCUCGACGGAUUGUGAAGUGUCCCCGCAGUUUUUUUUUCGGCAGUUUCUUUUCCGCUUUAAGCAGAACACCGUUCUUUGCUGCCGAACUAAGGACCUCAGAUCUUCAUAUAUUUACAGACUUCCUUUCAUUCAAGACAAUAUCUAUUUCUGCAAAACACAGAAUCUUGGAACAGAUAUCGUUUUGAUGGGUCCUUAUCGCGGUGAUAGAAAGGGUGAUACUUCCAUAGAAUUAGAAAACCUACUGGAGCAGGACGACAGCCUCUGCCCAGACUCACCAGAUGAAGUUGGAUACAAGGGACUUGUCGAAGACAUACAGUGGAAGGGCAAUGAGAUAAAGCUAUAUCCACUGAACUAUCAAACAGUCGGGAUUGUCAGAUUGCAAAUGGCAGCAACGUUAGUGAUGUUUCUUGUCUUUGGUUUGAAUGACCAGACAACUGGAUCACUUAUUCCCACUCUUACAGAACGAUACCAGAUAUCAAAAGUCGUCGUCUCCAAUAUAUUCAUAACUCAGGUAUUGGGCUACAUGUUGGCCUCACUAAUGAAUGAGAAGAUACAUGUCAGGUGGGGAAUGAGGGGUGCAAUGACUUUGGCCGUCAGCUUGUGUGUAGUUUUUUUUGGUAUUUUAUCUCUGCGACCAUCUUCGUUUAUCGUUUACGUCGUUUGCUACCUUCCCUUAGGAUUCAGCAUAGGCAUAUUGGACUCCACAGGUAACGUUUUGAUGGGCAAUUUGGAAAUCCACAAAAAUGAAUGGAUGGGAGUCACACAUGGUUUGUACGGUGCAGCGUCUAUGGUUACUCCUCCAAUCGUUUCUCAUUUUGUGAAAUAUGGAAACUGGUCAAAUUUUUUCUAUAUUCCUUUAGUUGUCUCAUUGGUUGGCCUUCUACUUGUAUUGCCAGCAUUUCGAUUUGAAACGUCCGCCAAGUAUGAAUAUAUCUGCAAUGUUCAACAAAAAGAGGACGAUGACAUUCUGCAAGAAGAUCUUGGAUCAGGGUUUAUGGCAUUACUCAAAACCCCCGGAGUGUUCAUGUACGCAAUGUAUUUGUUUGUUUACUUAGGUGCGGAAAUCUCAACAGGAACGUGGUUGUUUUCCUACCUGCUCGCAACAAAAUCAGAUGACAGGAUUUUGAUGUCGUAUGUUACCUCCUCAUAUUGGACUGGGCUUACUUUUGGCAGAUUCUGUUUGGGAUUCGUCACAAAACGGAAAUUUCCAAAUGAAUUUCGAGCAAGCUAUGCUUACGGUCUACUGACUUUUUUUUUCUACACACUACUUGUCCUAGUGUGUCUAAUUAAUACAAAUGACAAGUGGUAUAUCGCAUUACUUUUUUUCGUAUUGUUCUUUUGUGGUGUAUUUAUUGGACCUUUGUUUCCAAAUGCUAGUGUCGUUGCGUUGCAAGUGCUACCAAAAAAGUUACAUAUUGGCGGUGUUGGUCUCGCAGUAGCAAUUGGCGGUAGUGGGAAUGCCUUGCUUCCUUACCUGGUAGGUAUAACACUGCACCUGGCAGGUAUGCAGUUUUUCCCCAUUUUAUGCUGGUCGAUGGUAGCGGGAUUCAAUUUGAUUUGGUGCCUGUAUCCAAGAUUUCUUCCAGUGUGA